CGCUCGCCCGCCCACCCACGCGGCGCCACGGCCCCAAAGCGCCUCGUCCUGUGAGGGGGGCAACUUGGCCGACCUCCUCCUUCUCCUCAAGAGGAGAUAUGUAAUGCUCUCCUUGGAUGCAAAUUUAUAAGGAAUGUGUUUUUCACAGAUCAGCACAUUUCUUCAGCUGAGACAGAGUUUAUUUAUAAAGCAGUACCUAAAUGGCAGCACAGAAAAGAAAAUCUGUGCUGGUAGAACCCCCUGCUAAGCGGCAGAAACUGGAUAAGAAUAGUAAAUCAGUAUCAAUUAGCAAAGGAAAAAAAGUGCUUCAUGCCAAAUCAAAUAAAAAUACUGUUUUGAAGAAAGAAAUGCACAAAGUCUCUACCAAAACUAACAGGACAGUUGUCAAUAACUGCAUAAACAGAUCCUCUAAACCAUCCUCCCAAACUAAACGAGCACAGAAGUAUUCCAGACAGACUUCAAAUGAAUUAAAGAAGAAAAGUUGUAAAGCAGUAUGUGUGAAACAAACUUCCCUAAAGCCUAUAGGAAAAUUAUCUUCUACGAAAGCAUCCCUAAAAUCUUCCAAACUAAACCAUGGUAACCAUGUGAGGUGUACAAAGACUUCCUCCAAACGCACUUCUACAGGGAAGGGAAAAUCCAGUGCUGUCAAAAGUAAGACUUCUCGUGAAACCAAGAAGCAAAAGAAUUCAUCUGCAGAUGUUAAAAAGUGUUCCACUGAAGCUCUGUGUAAUAGACGUUCAACAUUGCACAAUAGAGCUACUCAUAAAAACAUGUACUCUGAAUCAAAAUCGAGGAUAGAAAAUUCCAAAAAGGGUAGAACUACUAAAGCCACUAAAUUCCUUAAAAGUAAAAAGGUUGAGGUUCAGAAUUCCAAAAAAUCUUGUGCAAAAAAAUCAGCAUCUCAAAGCAAUGAACGGAUGCGAACUAAAACUUUCAAUGACAAAAAAGCUUGUGAGUCUGACAAAGGGGGGAAAACUACAAGGUCAACAGAUACUAAUUCUAAAAAAAGUACUGUUAGAAAUAUAGAAGAGCAGUUGCAUGUCACAAAAGCUAAGGAAGUGUCUUGGAAGGAGACUGUGCAGGAUGUUCCUCAGUCACAACCUACUGUUUCACAUGAUGAGCGUCAAACUCGAAGAUCACCAAGAUUGCAGCAAUCAUCUAAUGUGCCUACCAUAUCUUUGCGCAGCAGAAAAAUUGAAGGAGGACGUGCUUCUACUCGAAAGCAAUGCAUCCAGAUGAAAAAACAGGUUCCAUGUAUUAAAAAUGAAAAGCUGGAAUCUGUCCAGCCAAUAAUGGAGCAAAAAAUCAUGAAAAGCGAUGAAUAUAAUAAUGGAGAAAUAGAAAUAACAAGUUUUGAGAAAAUUGAUUCUCUGAAACAGAAAAAACAUGAGGUGGAUUCUAAAAUCGGUGAUUUGACCACAUCUGAAGAGAAGGUAGGACAAUCAAGAAAUAAUCCUGACUGUAGCCUUCAAGAAUCUAAUAAUGGAUCUGUCAACACAACUUCCUGCUCUGUGACAUCAACAUGCAGGGUAAUAAGUAAAGAAAAGGAAUCAGUGCAUAGAAAUGGAAAAAUCAGUGUAAAAGCAAAGAGAGAUUUUUCAGACUCUUUCAGUCAAAAACCUGCUUAUCAAUCAGAGGAUGUGAUGAAGUCAAAAAAGAUUAGCAUUCUUGAGCUAUGUGAGGAAAUUGCUGGUGAGAUUGAGUCAGACACUGUGGAAGUAAAAAGAGACCAUCCCAAUGCUGAAUAUGGAAAGGAGGAAGAGAGAGAUACAGUAGUGGAGUUGCCUCAGACUGCAGUAUCUACUGAAGAGGAAACUAAUCAGAACUCUCAAUGUAAGCGAUUUUUCCCCAGCAAAAAAGGAAUGUCCGUCAAAUGUACUGUGAAUGGCAGACAUAGUACUGCAAACAAAAACUCUAAAUGGACCAAAAUAAAAUUAGCAAAGGUUAAUCACGUGAACCAAAGUCCUUCAAAUUCCUCAAGUACUCCAGCACCUGGUUCGUUAAAGUGCAAUAUUCCAGAGAAACAACAAGCAGCAGUUGUAGAAAUCCACCUUCCAGAAGCCCAAAGGAAACAGGUACAAUCAGAGGACAAUGGCAACGCAGCACAUGAGGAGAAGCUAAAUAUACCUUGCUUUAAAGGAAUCCAGGCUAAAGAUAGGGUGGCUAUAGAAAAUGGUCUCUCUACCCCGAGCCAACACCAUUGCCCUGAGCUAGCUCCAGAUGAGAGCUUCAAUUUACAUUUGGACUCAAGUCCAGAAAGUACGCCAAGGAAAAUAAUUACAGCACAGUCACCAGUGAAGGAAGUAAAAAAAGAAAGAGCAGAAAUAAAACCUCAAGAUGCAGCUCCCAAGCAAUUGGUUCGGACUCUGUUCACAAAUAAAAGCUCCGAGACAAAUGAGAGCAGGACAUGUUUGCCAAAGAUUGCAUUAGCAUCAAAAUGUGGUGGGUUCCUUUCAUCUGAAGAACAUAUUCGAAAACCAAAAGAUGUAGCAAAAGAUAGCGAUAAGCAGCUGAUCAUAGAUGCAGGACAAAAGCGGUUUGGAGCUAUUUCCUGCAACAUUUGUGGGAUGCUCUAUAGUGCUUCAAAUCCUGAGGAUGAAACUCAACAUCUACUCUUCCACAACCAGUUCAUAAGUGCUGUAAAAUAUGUGGGCUGGAAAAAAGAGAGAAUUUUGGCUGAGUAUCCUGAUGGCAAGAUAAUAAUGGUACUUCCUGAUGAUCCAAAAUAUGCUCUAAGAAAGGUUGAUGAAAUCAGAGAGAUGGUAGAUAAUGAUCUGGGAUUUCAACAAGCUCCUCUUACAUGCUCCAGAACUAAGACACUGUUAUUUAUUUCUAAUGAUAAAAAAGUAACAGGAUGCUUAAUCGCCGAACAUAUCCAAUGGGGAUACAGAGUUAUCGAAGAAAAGAUACCAGAAGUCAGUUCAGAAAACGAGAAAGUCACAUUUGAAAGGCAAAAGGCUUGGUGCUGCUCAACAUCGCCUGAGCCUGCUAUCUGUGGAAUUAGUCGCAUCUGGGUGUUUAGCAUGAUGCGUCGGAAGAAAAUUGCUUCUCGGAUGUUAGAAUGUUUGAGGAGUAACUUUAUAUAUGGCUCAUAUUUGAGUAAAGAAGAAAUCGCCUUUUCUGAUCCUACCCCUGAUGGAAAACUGUUUGCAACACGGUACUUUGGUACUAGUCAGUUCCUGGUAUAUAACUUUCUCAGUGGACAACAACCUGCUUAGAGUGGAAAUAUUAUAGCAAAAUUAUUGUCCAGCUGCAGACAGAGAAUGGGGAACUUCCUAGCAGUUAACUCAGGAGUAGUAACAACCAAAAUGUGGUUGCUGAUUUUUGUUAACUGUAAACAGUACGGUAAUUUUUUUAAAGGCUAUUUUUAUAUAAAGAAUGUAUUAUAUCUAUAGUAACUUAGUCAUGUUUACAUGCAGUAUAUAAUUGUUCAUAGUGGACUGUCAACUAGUGCAAGAACUGUGGUCGCCUUUAAAGUACAUUUUGAAGUUCACAAUGAAGUAAUAAUACCAGGGCAGUGACAGCAUUUCUUUCAAUAAGAGCCUACACAUACAUAUCAUCACUAAAAGAUGUUCUACAGCAUGACAUUGUUUAGUUUCCGGAUACACUUUGAAUGGAAAACAAUGUUUUUAAAAAGGCAGUGUUGAAUUAGCCUGAGAUGGAGGAAGCCCUGACUUUUUCAGCAAUAGCAUACUUUUUUGUGGACUUCACUUUGAUACUUUAUCCAAAAUCCCUCCAAUUUCAGAGGGUGCAUAUGUUGAAAAACUGCUGUGGCCUUUCUUGACCUGUAUAUAAUGUAGAUUAAAAGUAAAGUAUUUGAUAACUUUAAAAUAAUGUACUAAUGCUCAGUAAAUUUAAUCAAUGCCUUUGAUAUGGUUGAAUAUUAAAAGUUGAUUGAAA